AACGAUAAGAACGUCAGUUGACGCGCGGCCUGCGCGUCGAUACAACGUGCAAUGGGGGAGCUACAGUAUCCGGGGGCUCCUAGUGUGGACGACGAGAGACAGUACAGGGCGCCCUUUAGGCGCACCCCGCAGUACAGGUGGCCUUCGCAACCGCCGCAGCCCUCAGCCUUCGCGCCGUGGCGUCGGGCGCCGGCCCCGCCGCGGCCUCCGGACUACCGCCGCAGUGCCAGCUACCCAGGCAAACCUGAUGAACCCUACCAGGAACGCACAGGGCUAGACAACAUGAGGACCUUAGAGCACUAUCUGACAGACAUCAUGCGGGCAGACACGUCAGACCCCAUGAAAGGCAAGUCGCCGUUUUUCCCCGGCGUGGAGGACGCGGCGCUAGCGAGCGGCGGGGCCGCUGGCUCGCCCUCGGUGCCCUCCGACCAGGCGCAGGACGUCGUGUCGCGACUCAGCGCCGCCGGUCUUUCGAUGUGCGUGUCGGCGUUGGGGUCUCCGGCGCGCUCGUCGCCGGUGUCGGCGGGCUCCGAGCACGGCGAGCGCUUCAGCCGCAAGGUGUUCGUCGGCGGCCUGCCGCCCGACAUCGAUGAGGAUGAGAUCACCUCCUCAUUCCGGCGGUUCGGACCGCUGGUGGUGGACUGGCCGCACAAGGCCGAGAGCAAGAGCUACUUCCCACCAAAGGGCUACGCGUUUCUACUGUUCCAGGACGAGAGCUCGGUCGCAGCGCUGAUGGAGGCUUGCAUCACAGACGACGACAAGCUGUACCUCUGCGUGUCGUCGCCCACCAUCCGCGACAAGCCAGUCCAAAUCCGCCCGUGGCGGCUCGCCGACGCAGACUUCGUUCUGGAUGCCUCUAUGCCGCUGGAUCCUAGGAAGACAGUCUUUGUUGGAGGCGUGCCUCGCCCGCUUAAAGCCGCCGAACUGGCCAUGAUUAUGGACCGGCUGUACGGCGGCGUCUGCUACGCCGGCAUCGACACCGACCCUGAACUCAAAUACCCGAAGGGUGCGGGCCGCGUGGCGUUCUCCAACCAGCAGUCGUACAUCGCGGCCAUCUCUGCGCGCUUCGUGCAGCUGCAACACGGAGACAUCGACAAGCGGGUCGAGGUGAAGCCGUACGUGCUGGACGACCAGAUGUGCGACGAGUGCGCCGGCGCACGCUGCGGCUCCAAGUUCGCGCCCUUCUUCUGCGCCAACGUCACCUGCCUCCAGUACUACUGCGAGCACUGCUGGGCGACCAUCCACUCGCGGCCGGGGCGCGAGUUCCACAAGCCGCUCGUGAAGGAGGGCGCCGACCGCCCGCGCGCCGUGCCCUUCCGCUGGUGUUAGUGCCGUCUCUCUCCCGCACACACACCCGCACCGCUCCCACACCCCUCCCGCAC